CGCAUGGCUGACGCGGCACUGUUCGAGUUUCUGCACACGGAAAUGGUAGCGGAGCUGUGGGCGCAAGAUCCGGACCCCGGCCCCGGGCCUCUCCUCUGCCAGGCUGCCUGCUCUGUGGUAUGGAUGGGGACCGGGUCUGUGUGGAUCACCCCAUAGCAGGUCCUCAGCAUGGAUUUGUUGAAGGACAGAAGACGAGCCUGUCGGUCCUGGAGGGCAUGGGCUUCCGCGUGGGCCAGGCCCUGGGCGAGAGGCUGCCCCGGGAGACGCUAGCCUUCAGGGAGGAGCUGGACGUCCUCAAGUUCCUAUGCAAAGACGUGUGGGCGGCCGUGUUCCACAAGCAGAUGGACAGCCUCCGCACCAAUCACCAGGGGACGUACGUCCUGCAGGACAACAGCUUCCCCCUUCUCAUCCGGAUGGCCUCGGGUCUGCAGUACCUGGAGGAAGCGCCCAAGUUCCUGGCCUUCACCUGCGGCCUCCUCCGGGGCACGCUCAGCACCCUGGGCCUCAAGAGCCUGGUCACCGCCUCCGUGGCAGCCCUGCCCGCCUCCUGCUUCCCCCGGGGCACGCCAGCCUGGAGGAGACAACCCUUGACCAUGACCUCUGGUCGAGUGGUUUCGAACACUCUUCCCGGCACGGGAACCCGGCAUCCGGGGGCGUCACCUGUCUGGACUCUGCCAGGCUCUGCCACUUGCUGCCUGAUGUGGGUAAGUACCCCCACCUCAGAGCUGUACACCGAGGCUGCGGCAGACCCAAAUGGGAGGAGGAGGGGUCUCCUCAGUGGGUGGGGCUCCUCUGCAGACAGCCCAUGCAGCCCCUCCCCGGCACACACAGCUGAGCACCAGGUCCCUGGCCUGCCUCCGUGCAUUUGCACAGGCCAUUCCCUGCCUGGCCCACUCCCCAAACUCCUGCUCCCUCUCCAGUCUCCAGCAGCCACCAGCCUGGGCUGCCCACCACAUCCCUCGGGGCAGCUGCUCACUCGCCUGGCGCCUGCAGCCCUGGCGAGGGGGGCUCCUAGACAGCCUUGUCCUGCCCUGCCGCCGUGUUUACUUGUUUAUGUCCCGCCACGCUUCCCCUUGGGUCCCUCUGGGUCCCUCAGCUGGGUGCUGGCACUGUCCGGCACGGAGCCUGCAGAUGUUUCCCAAACGAAUUGCAGUCAUUCAGCUAAACUGUGUGCGUGCGGACGGGGUGGGGGGAGCGGGGGAUCGGCCCAGCCCUGCCCUCAAGAAGCUCAGGGCUGUCCUGGAGGUUCCCCCCCAGACUCACCAUGCCCCCACUCAGACACACCAGCCUGGCCUCCCUGAUGGGGCAGGGGUGCUGGGAGGGGGGCAGAGUCCUAAACUGGCAGAGGACAGGGAGGAGGAAGUUGCUUGAAAGCCUGGUGAGGGGAGGGAGAAGUAGCCCAGGGGAGGGAAGGGGCAUAGCUGGGCUACAGGGGGCAGUGUCUGGUCACUGGGCGCUGCUCUGUGGCUGCCUCCCCCAUCUCCCGGGGGAGCCUCUGUUCGACCCAUCACGCCAGCAGCAGCCACAGGGAGACAGGACCCUGGAGAGCAGAGGGCCCCCCCGCCACGCUAUGUCUAAGGUACCUCCUUCCCAGCCAUCCCCAC